AUGCGUUCCUCAUCAGUCGCUGCCCUGCCGGCGUCCUCCGUCUCGGCUGUUAGCAGUGCUGUUGGCAGUGCUGCAGUCCCUGCCUUGGGUGCUUGCCCGAAUAUGAGGGCCAUAUCUAUUGAUCCCAACGCCGAUCAGGGUACCAAUGGUGCCAAGUCAAGUGGUAUGCCAUCUGGUGUGCCAUCUGGUAUGCCAUCUGGUAUGCCAUCUGGUAUGGCCUCCAUGGUACCAACCGGCUCCGUGGCCAGCAGACACGGCUCCGCAACAAAGAAGAACGCCUCACCGACUGCCUCCGGCAGACCUGUCAGCUCGGCACUAGCAAACCGCGCCAUUUCUGAGGCUUUGGGUCUCCACAUCCGCUCUGACAUAGGAGAGCUCACCAGCUCUCACUCCAUCUACCCCACUGCACGCUACGCUGGUGAUCGGCUCCCGACCGACAGACUCCUCGCUCGCCACGAGAUUACUACUCUCCGAAAAGUUGUCCGAUCACCAUGGAAGCCGAGACUCUACGAUCGUGCGACAGAGUCGGGUUUCGGUGACAACACUGGCGGCGCAGGAGAUGAUAGUGGUGCUGGGCCAACUCCAACUGGCAGCGUGUCUAAUGGUGCUAGCGGACAUGCUGGGCCACAAGUCGAUGAUGGUGAAGGCGGGCAAGAAUUUGAAGGCACCGCGACUGGUGGCUCCGAUCAAAUGCCACAUUCUACGGCUGCCGGUGAGGAUGCCUUUGAAACUGGCGCGGGAUCCUCAGCUGUAGUUACUGGUUUCCCGCCAGAUAUCUCGGGACCAUCAGAAGACAGUCAACCCACCGUGACGGCCAGCGAUGAUACAGACGGCGUUUCUCCGAAGGGUGCUCAAGCCACGGGAACCAUGGCCUCAGGAACCCCAGCAGGAGUUACUGGUGCUGCGGCAAACAUCUCGGUGCCACCGGAAGACAGUCAACCCACCGUGACGGCCAGCGAUGAUAUAGACGGCGUUUCUCCAAAUCAUGCUCAAGCCACGGGAACCCUGGCCUCAGACACCCUUCUGCCAGUCCCUUCUUCGACAGGCGCAGCUGAUGGAGAUGGCUCCAGCUCAGACACCGGCGUUCCCCCGUCAGCAUCAAGCAGUGCAUUUCCUGAAGACACGGACGACAGCAGCCCGGAAGCCGAUGGAGGUGCAGGCAGUCAGUCUCAAGGGACCCCCAGUGGUGACCCUGAUCAGAGUGCUGGCAACAGCGAAAGCGGUACACCUGCAGCAAUGCCUCAUCCAUCUGGGAGUUCUACUGGUGGUUCUGACGAUGGCGGUGAUAAGAGCAAUGAAGAUGGCGGUGCCGACGGGAUUGGCGGAGAUGGAACCUCGUCUUCAGCUCCUAAUACUGGCACAACUCAACAUGGUGACGACAGCAACAGUCCACCUCCUAACAAUGUGUCAACUCCGCCAGGAGGCUCUGGCUCAGGUGCUGGGCUACCUGGAAACGGAGAGAACGAGUCACCGACACCUCAGGCUGGCGCUGGAAGCCCCAGUGCGGGUGGAGAUGGUGAAGCAGAGGGCGAUAACGACAGCGGGUCUGGAUCGUCUCAGUCUGGGAAUUCGACUCCGGCCGAGAAUUCGUCUCCGUCUGAUAAUCCUUCUCAAUCCGGGGAUUGGUCCUCAGGUGUUGACAAGACUGCCAAUCCAAGUGGUGAUGAUGGCAACGAUGUAGGAGAGGGCUCUGGUGUUGGAGGAGAUACUGGAGGAUCCACUUCAGGCGGUUCUGGGGCUGCCACAGGUGCCGGCGCUGGUGCCAAGAUCAAUGCCUUGCCGAUGGCACAGGCGCCGAAGUUCGAAGCCGGACAGAAAGGUACCUUGCUCUUCAUUCCAAGCACCGGCGACGUUGGGAAGAGUGGGGCGCAAGAUGUCGACCAAAUCCUCGCGUCUGAUCAGCCAGUUUACGAAGCCAGCGGCGAGAUCAUCGAAGGAGGCGUCUUCCUUGUUGACGACCAACCCAUGCUCACGUUCAAUCCGAGCAGAGUGGGUGGUGGAGGUUCUCCCGCAGGUGGUGCUGCUCUCCCCUCCAUUUCUGUAUCUCCUCCUGACGAGCAGAAUGAGGGCUCUCAGCCGACAGGAGCACAUUCUCCCGCUGGCGCCGCAUCAGUGCCUGCGUCAGCAUCAGUUACACAUGCACCAGAAGUUGAGCAGGCAGGUUCGGGAGGAGACGAUGGAGAUUCUCCUGGAGCCCCAAUCACCGAAACGAUGCAGAGGAGAUGGCUCGAAGGCCGAGUUGCCAAGAAGGCCACACCAACCAAGAAAGGCUCCCACAAUACUAGGACCAAGGCAGGCGCAGCGUCCACAGGCAAAGCAGGAUACAGUUUUGGCAAGGCUACGUCGGGCUUCAAAAAGAUGACAAGCGCUUACGGUAAUUAUGUGAAGCACUCGGCUACAAAGAGCGCAUCUCAUGCCUUGAAGACGCAGAGCAGCUAUCAUGUCACGUCCACUCUGGCGAACGUACAUGCAUCACCCACUGGCGGCGCUAUGGAAGACCAGCAAUACAGCUCCGGCGGCACAGCAUCGCACGACACCGCGCCAGGCGAUGACACGUUUGUUGAGUCAGGAAGCUACGGCGACGGAGCACCAUCAGGAUCUAGUUCAGAGGGCGCUUACGGCGAUGAGGGUUACAGCACCGGCGGUGAGAGUGGUGGCAGCAACUCUGGAGGAAAUCCAUCGAGCGGAAGUGAAGCUGGUGACAUGGAUACUGACGGAUCUGGUGUGUCGAACUCCGAAAGCGACAACGGUGGAGAUACAGGUUAUCCGCCGACUGAUGGAUCCGGCAGUCAAGCUCAACCCGGAGGUUCUGGAGGCUCAGGCGACGGUUCUGACCAGCAGCUUGCCUAG